AUUAUAAAAGUUGUGUACUGCUGAAUGAUUCGCUUAGAGUUCAUGUUGAUAAGAUGAUAAAUCUCUUGGGAAGCUGAAAGACUGGCUUGUGUUGUGGUGUGUUUUGUUAUUUUGGAUUCUGUUAUAUAAAUGGUCUGUUCUGAUUCUCCUCCUCAUAUUUUCCAUUUCCCCAAACUGGAUUAUUCCCAAGUUAUGUUCCUCCCCUUUACCUCUCAAUCAUUGUAAUCUCCACCCUGCAUUCCAGUGCCUUCCCUAGCCAUCAUUGUAAACCCUGCCCAUUGUUCUGGAUCCUUCCUUGUCACUCCCUUGUUAGCCCAACCCAUUGCAGUACCUCCCCUCUGGAAAUCCCCUAAUACUGGAUACCCCUGUUGGCCCAUGUGACCUUCCCCCUUUUCCCCAUUGGUACCUCAAUUGUAAUCCCCUCCCUUCACUCCUCCCUCACAGGUUUCCUAUUGGUUGGCUUUUUGUAUCCACCCCUUGAACUCCCCCAUAUAAAAACCCCGGUACACCCCUGUUCAGCACUCCUUGGUCCCUGACCCCUUUAUGGGAUAAAGUGGUCCAUAGAAUCCAUGCCAAGAGCCUCCCUCUCAUCCUUCACCUCCUCCUUGUGCUGACACCAAAAGCGCUGUAGAGCAGCAGCUCUGAGGUUCAGCUCUUAACCCUCAGAAAUUCCAUGUCCUCCUUAAGAAAAGGAAGUAAUGAAAAUCGCAAGAGUGUAUUUUAUACCACUGAGGAGUGGGAACUGCUGGAUCCAACCCCAAAAGACCUGGAGGACUCAAUGGCUCUGGAAGAAAAGAGGAAACAUCUGGCAGAAGGAAAUAAAGGACUGACUAGUUCAGCUUUUCCAUUUGAUUUUGGCCGUGUUCCACACAAAGCAAGGCGCCCGUUGAAAGAUAUGAUUGCAUCAAGCAAAAACCGCAACAGCAGUGACUCUUCCCUAACAGACUGGUGUUCUGGCAGUGGGAACAGACUGGUCUCUGAACUGCAACUGAAGUAUCAAAGCCAGCAGGAAGAGUUGGAGAAGCUAAAGAAAGAUCUUUUGAGCCAAAAGGAACUUGUUCGACUUCUGCAGCAAACAGUCCGAUCUUCCCAAUAUGAUAAAUACUUUGCAAGCCACCUUUGUGAGGGGGUUCCCAAAGAUACAUUAGAGCUGUUGCACCAAAAAGAUGACCAGAUUUUGGGCCUCAACAAUCAGCUUGAAAAGUUAAAUCUGGAAAAAGAUAGUCUCCAGCAGGAAGUCAAGAGUCUGAAGUGUAAGGUUGGAGAACUCAAUGAACAGCUGGGAAUGUUGAUGGAAACUAUUCAAGCUAAAGAUGAGGUCAUCAUGAAGCUCUCUCGUCAACUCAGUGAAUGUGAGGACAGCACAUCCUCUCAAAGUGGAGCAAUAAACUCCCCCACAGCCACCAGUACUAAUAAGGAGCUACAGGAACUGGACAGACUAAAAGACAAUCUUCAGGGUUAUAAGACCCAGAAUAAAUUUUUAAAUAAGGAGAUUUUGGAACUUUCUGCUCUACGAAGAAAUGCAGAAGCGAGAGAGAGAGAGUGGCAGGCAAAGUAUACCAGCUUAGAAGCCAAACUCUGCCAGAUUGAAAGUAAAUACUUGAUCUUGCUUCAAGAAAUGAAAACUCCUGUUUGUUCUGAGGAUCAAAGUCCUGCUCGUGAGGUCAUCACACAGUUACUGGAAGAUGCCUUGAAAGCAGAAUCUAGUGAACAACCAGAACAAGCAUUUUUCAAACCCCACCUGGUCAGUGAAUAUGAUAUAUAUGGUUUUCAGACCGUCCCUGAGGAUGAUGAUGAGGAGAAACUAGUAGCAAAAUCACGAGCUUUGGACUUGAGAUCACUUUCACUCAGUGAAAAUCGAGAAAUCUCCACAGGAGUGAAAUGGGAAAACUAUUUUGCAAGCACAAUGAAUAGAGAGAUGAUAUGCUGUGUGGAACUGAAGAACCUUAUUCGGGCUGGAAUUCCGCAUGAACACCGUUCCAAGAUGUGGAAAUGGUGUGUCAAUCUCCAUGUUAAAAAGUUCAAAGACAGUGCCAUUCCUGGCUACUUCCAAACCUUGCUUCAAAAAGCUCUGGAAAAACCAAAUCCUGCAUCUAAACAGAUUGAGUUGGAUCUCUUGAGGACUUUGCCAAACAACAAACAUUACUCCUCCCCAACGUCUGAAGGGAUCCAGAAGCUGCGAAAUGUGCUGCUGGCAUUUUCCUGGAGAAAUCCUGAUAUAGGAUAUUGCCAAGGGCUCAACAGGUUGGUAGCAAUUGCACUUCUGUACUUGGAACAGGAAGAUGCUUUUUGGUGUCUAGUAACAAUAGUGGAAGUUUUCAUGCCCCGUGAUUAUUAUACGAAGACGCUGCUGGGAUCCCAGGUUGAUCAGCGAGUGUUUAAGGAUUUAUUGAGUGAAAAGCUUCCACGACUACAUGCUCAUUUUGAACAAUAUAAAGUUGAUUAUACUCUCAUCACUUUCAACUGGUUUCUUGUGGUUUUUGUGGACAGUGUUGUUAGUGACAUCCUUUUCAAAAUCUGGGACUCCUUCCUCUAUGAGGGACCAAAGGUAAUAUUCCGAUUUGCCCUGGCACUAUUUAAAUACAAAGAGGAGGAAAUCUUAAAACUGCAAGAUUCAAUGUCUAUUUUCAAGUACCUUCGCUAUUUCACACGCACCAUCCUUGAUGCCAGGAAACUGACUGCUAUUGCUUUUGGAGACCUGAAUCCUUUUCCAUUACGCCAGAUCAGGAAUCGCAGGGCAUAUCACCUGGAGAAAGUGCGCCUGGAGCUGACGGAGCUGGAAGCCAUUCGCGAGGACUUCCUGCGCGAGAGAGAGACCUGCGUAGAAAAAAGAGACCUUAUUAGUGAUGAUGAGGAGGACAGCUGAAACUGCUUAAUAGAAACUGUUCCUUGGGAUCAUGACCAAAGUGAGAUAACCUCCAAAACACUUUAUUAAUCCUGUCAAACAGAAUGUAAAUUCAUUGCAUUUGGAAAUAUGCAGGACAGAUUUUCAAAUCCCAGGACUUUCAGAAAUACCACUUUGUAUGGAGGCCAAAUAAUUCUGUUUACAUUUAUGUUCAUGGAGUCAUUUGUAGAGCACUUAAUAUCUGUCUCAGUUUAGUCUUUUAGCUGAAUUUACAAUUAUUUUCUCACAGUGCACCAUUAAUGCCUAAAUGUGAAACAAUAAGAAAUGUCCAUGCUCUGUUACAUUCAUUUCCAUUCUGAGUUUAGAGUUUUUUUGAUGUAAUCAUGUUUUUUGUAGUGCAGGCUCAAUGUGAGAGGACAUCGUAUUUCUUGGAUUCAGGUUAGCUCAAUCUAGCCAUUCUUGAGGUCACUAACCAGAAAAGCAUGGGAGGAAGAUUCCUUUGUCUUUUCCUGAAGGGUCAUGCAAUGGGUCACCAAACAGAACACUUGAAUAUAUGUGCUCUAAAGUAAAGGUAAAAUAAGUACCUAAGUACCUAUUUUUGUCACUGACUGUCGAGUGUGUACUGAAACAGUGAUAGCAAACAUAAUUUCUACUUUUCAGAGCAGCUGUGUUGAUAAAGAUUCUCAUUAAUGCGAAGAGGCUUAUAGAUCAAAGUCUAUUCAAUCAAUUUUAUUUGUAUUCACUUUUUUGAUUGCAGUGGUUUAAAAAGGUCACAACCAAACUCCAGAUACUAUGGAAUAAUGGAGCUUGGUUACUCACAGGAGUACCAUGCUUUAGGAGCUAAUUUAAGAAGAAACACAGUGUUCUUUUUGCAUGAUUGUGGAACUGUUGUACAAUAGUGGUAGGGACUGGGUUCAUAAUACAAAUAUUUACCAAUCAGUCAAAGGAAUCUAAAGGUCACAACGUGCAUGCGGGAACUGAAGAUCCUUUUCCAACAGAAAAAUGCAAUAUUCUCCUAAUGUGCUCAGCCUUACUGUGAGUGUUGGAUGUGCUUCCUGCAGGACAGCUGUAAGGAGCAACAUCUAGGCUGUUGAAAUGUGCUAUUUCUGCUGUUGAAAUUUGUGACUAGCAGUGCUCAUAAAUGGUUCUGGGGAGGAGCACGCUUUCUUUCUUGCUGGCUAUUGUCUGGACUUUUGCAAUAUUUUUUCUUGAACUGUUGGAUCUUCAGAAUGUUGGAUUGACUGUAAUGUGCCAUGAUAAAA